CUUCAUUUUUUCUCGCGGACUGGAACUCAACUGGUAGGCCCUCAGAUCAGUCCUCCAGGGAAUUUAGUUGUGAGCGAAGGUGAGGGUGAGCCAGUGGGCUUGGGACAGGUCUUGUGGCACAGUCCGUGGCUUCUGAGGGAAAAGGGCUUUACAGUCAUCGUCCGGCUCCUCCUAGGUCGCGAUGCCACAUGGGCCUUUGUCGUAGUGGCUGGGCUGGGAUGAGGGAGGAAGGUAGGCCGAGGAGGGGAGGAAUUACAUGGAGAUGGGACGAGUGCUGGGCGUACUGUUGGAGUAUGUCACUUUCAGAGUGAAGUAUGAGUGGACAUCAAAGAGCAAGAUCUACAUCUAGAGAAAGAAGAGAUGAUCAAGAGUCUAACCAUCCAGUAGGGGCUGUGGUUGCCCAGGAUCUGCCCAGUGAUGACCAACCUCAACAAGAGGAACCACCAACUGAAAAUCGAGAUUAUGCACGUGGUCGAGAGAGAGAUGAGGGACCACUGGAGUUCCAAGUGCUAGGACUGGCAGCCUAUAUCCGGGAACUGAUUCGGUCGAAGACCGGGGGUGAACGUGGGGAUGGACCUGAUGUCGUGGGAGAAUUUCUGCCAAAUCUGGAGCCUGUGAAAAUACCAGAAGCAGGUGAAGGGCAACCAUCGUUUUAAAUGAAGACAAGCUGAAACCAUACAUGCAGUCUUCAUGUUGGAAACUUGAUGAUUCAAAUUCUCUCAGUAAAGUUUCCAAAUUGUCUGCAAA